UUUUAUUCUUAUACGAGGUGUUUUUUCUUUUGCUUACAGUGCAGUACGGGAAGUCGACGACAGAAAUUAAAGCAAUUCACGUUAAAUAAAUAAUUGUGUUCGAAAUACUUAAAGCUUUCUAAAUUAGUUCGGUAUUGAUAACUCCAGUUAUUUUAGUUGUUAUAGACCAUGUGUGGUACAUUUUCUUGAACUUUGGUUGAUAUUUUGGACGGCGCUGCUGAAAGACAUUGGAACGUGUAAAUAAAUGCGCUUGACAACGACUAGAGUAUCAAUAAACCCUUUGUGUUUAAAAGAAUAUAAAGUAACACAAGAUAAAAAACCUUCGUACACAAGGUCGUUGCUUGUUCUCAGCAACCCUAAGCAACACAGUAACUGCACUGGGUAGCAACACGGGCUUCCUUAUUGCCGUCGAUCUUCCUUUGAUACGAGCACAACUAGCGACGUGGCUAGGCUUUGACUGCUGUUCGUGUUGAAGUAUUGAAUUGUGCUGGAGAGGCGCCAUAAGACUUGCUCUGAAAGACGCCUUGGUAUUGCUAUCCUUGAUGCAUUAAAGCAUUUGAAAGAAGUCUCAGUGCUUCUGUUGACCUUUGCGUUCGUCAGGUCUGGCCUACGUCAGGCUUGUAACGGGCGUCAGUGCUUCUGUUGGCGCCGGUUGUGCGAAUAUAAUAAUAUAUUUGUGUCGGCUUUGUAAGCCGUAUUGGCCUAUAGCCGUUUUUUAAACACCAGGUCACCUUGCCGAUUUCGAUCGGAAGUUUCACUAACAGUUGUAGGUUUCGAACCCCCAACUCGCUGCUCCCAUCUUAGUGAUCUUAACCACUCGGCCACACCGUGCGUUUUAUUCAAACGAAGGAGCGAAGAUGGGCAAUUCUUACAUGGCGAACAUUGCGGUGUGGGCGGCAGUGUGGGCUGCGUUGACACUCGUGUCUCAACACUCCUGGGCCCUGGGCAUUCUCUCCAUAGGCCUGGUGGCAGCCCAUAUCUCGGAGUGGAUCCUCAAAGGCAUUCAGAACACCAGGCCGAGGGUUAACAUCAAAGACGUCUCCAAGAAAGCCGUCUUUGUCACAGGCUGUGACUCUGGCUUUGGGUUGGAGCUGGCAUCUACCCUCGCGAAGAUGGGCUUCAAGGUGUACGCAGGCUGCCUGGACCCCGACGGUCAGGGCCCCACGAGCCUCAAGCUUCAGUCCUCCAAGAUUGUGGCGCUCAAGUGCGAUGUUACCAAGGAAGAUGAUGUCAUGGAAGCCUACAAACUCGUCGCCGACGAUCUCGAUAUCGAUGAGAGCCUGUGGGCGGUGGUGAACAACGCGGGCAUCGCAACCUUCACGGAGAUCGAGUGGUGCUCGCUCUCCACCUUCAGGAAGCAGCUGGAAGUGAACGCCCUGGGGCCGGUGCUGGUCACCAAGACUUUCCUGCCUCUCCUCAGACAGAGCGGCGGAGGGCGCGUUAUCAUCGUCGCUUCUCUGGCUGGGCGCUACACGUUCCCUGGGUUCUCCGCGUACAGCAUGAGCAAGCACGCCGCCGUGUCCUUUGCUGACGGUCUAAGACUCGAGAUGAGGAAGUGGAACAUCUCCGUCCACACCGUCGAGCCCACGCUCUACAGGUGACACAAAACUCCGAUCACAAACGUGGAAAAUCUGCACCGUUCGUUGGACCAGACUUGGUUGGACUGUCCGGCGGAGGUACGUCGGUCGUACGGACAAGAAUACUUGGAGGACUUCAAAGUGAUGGUCAACCACCACAUGAGUCAGGCCAAACCCACUGAGAAAAUCAAGGAGGUCAUCGCCGAUCUUGUGGACGCCGUCGCUGGACAAGAACCUUUGCCGCGCUACGUGCCCAGCGUGCAGACGCAAAUAAGAUGUCGUCUGCUGUCGACGCUUCCCGAGCGCAUGCGCGACAACCUUCUGCUCAAAGGGCAACCCACAACGCCGCCUGCUUUCAUUGCAGCGCGGAGCAAGAAGCAGCCGACCCUGCUGGACCCGAGGAAGCGCCGCGGACCCGGCGGAGUGCGGAUGGCGAGGCAUUAUUCAGUGCCGAAUUUCGAGAAGAACGAAGUCACUCCGCCGCCGCAGCCUAAAACGUGCCAGACUAACUUCCCGUUCUAACUCUCGGGGGAUUUGAUUAAACUAAACGUUACUUUUUGUUAAUAAAAUUAAGGCGUUUGUGUAAGACAUGUGGUCUUCACAAUAUGUAACUAUGUAUAUGAGUUAGAAUCAUUAUCUUGAAUAAGGCCCUAAAUAGAAUGGGACAAAUUAGCUUUGUUGCGAACAAACAGAAAAAAAGUUAACGUGAAGAAGCAAUGUGCUUAGACCAAGAAUAUCGUGAAACCGUUGGUUCAUUCGAACUAUUUGAAGAAUGUCAGAACAUCAAAAGCAUUGUAAUUCUUAAUCUUCUCAAUUUGUCGCUAGAUGCGACAAACGUUAAAGUUUUGCGUGAACGUCUGGCCAUACAAAUAUCAUUGCCACACAGAUCUGAUUAUUUUCAGGCAUAUCUGUUCAUAGACGAAGUUAUGUGCGAGAGGGAUUAAAGAAAAAGUAUAAUAAGUCAAAGUGACCAUUUAGGGUACAAAUAUAUUCAUUUAGUAAUAAAAGAGAUUAUUCCCGGAUUGUAUCACGCAUGUGAACCUCCGAAAAAACUGUACAAAUGAGCAGACGAGGAAAUGGACGAAGAAAUUCGCCAACUCUGAUUGCCAUGAUCGCGAAAAAUUUAAACUAUAAACCCCAUAGAUAACAUCUAUUUCUUAGCGUAUUACAGCUGCCUGUUCUACGUAAAAGGAUAAAUUUUCAUUCGAUUGAAACGGGUCUUUUACAAGUUUUUAUAUAUAAGAUGUCUUACAAGCUUUGCUCUAAUUAUAUAUAAGGGGCAAAGUUGGAUUGUACUCACACCCUUCAUGUGAAGAAUCUUUGAUCCUUACACUAACGAAGUGUUUUUUCUUUAAUUUACAGUUAAUAAAACACUUCCAUGUUGAUCAUUUUGAUAAAUAAUUUGUUAUAUAUAUAUAAGGUUGAUGCUAAAGUAAAUUGAUGAUGUUUGAAUAAACAAAUGAAAUGACGUAUCUGGCCAAAAUUUCCAUUCCAUUGUGACUGUUUAGAUGGAGAAUUGUAAUGUGAAGGUUUUUAUAACUUAUGGAGAGAAAUCACUGUUUAAAAAAUCAAAUUUUAAUCUCUUCCAUUGUCUGCACUCCUAUAACAAUAAAGUUGAAUUUAUUUUUCUGAGAGUAAUAUUCAAUGAGUACAAAAUCAAACGGCAUGUCAUGACUAGUGAAAUGAAGUAACAAUGAGAAUAAAAUAUCUUUUGAUGACGUCGCUAGGUCCUCUUCAUUAUGCCGUUUGGUGCGCGACAUUUCGGAUUUUUUCGUUUACAUUUUUCCCACAAAUGGCAGUAAAUUUGAAACGCGUUGUAUAAUAAAAAAAUGAUCUUAUUUUUGUACUCAAUUUGAGAGACUAUUGCCAGUUCUAUCUUAAGCUGUUUGAAAAUAAUAAAGUAAUUACAAUAGU